AUGAAGAUCGAGAAACUCCGACUCGAGAACUUCAAAUCUUAUCAAGGGGUCCACGAAAUCGGACCUUUUGAUGACUUUGUAGCUGUUAUAGGCUCUAAUGCCUCAGGAAAAAGCAAUUGCUUCGAUGCAAUUUGUUUUGUCUUAGCAGCGCCUGCUUCUUCGAUGCGAUGCAAGGAACUAUCAGAACUUAUAUGCAACGCAGAUGAUACCAUUACCUCAGCUUCAGUCGAAAUGACCGUCAGAAAGCUAAAUGAUCUUAUCGUAUUCAAAAGAAAGGUUACGAACUCAAGCUCCACAUACUACGUCAAUGGCUCCAAGGUUAGUGCCUCAGACUACAAAGACAGCUUGAACGAAGUUGGUUUUCAUAACAAAUUCCAAUCCUACAUUAUUUUCCAAGGCGAAGUUGGUAAUUUAGCCUCAACAAACCCGAAAGGAAUUACGAAGCUAAUCGAGGAGCUCUCAGGAUCGAUCGAUUACAAGGAACAGUACGACCAUCUUGAAGAUGACCUCAAAAAAGUCAAAGAAAACCUGACAACAGCAGAAGAAGAGAGAAUCAGUAUCACAGAUAGGUACAAAUCUGUCAAAGAAGAGGCAAAAAUUGUGAAUGAGUAUAAUGAUUUGGAUUUGAAGAUCAAAGAAAAGGAGAAAGAAGAGAACUCAUUCACAUUAUGCCAAUCAUCACUGAUUCUCAAAGAUUCUCAAUCUGAUUUCGAAAAUAAUAAAAAAGAUUUCGAAAAAUUGAGAGAAGAACUAUCAAAUUACAACGAAGCAGCCAAGAACAGUGAUGAAGCAAUCAAUGCAGCCCGUCAUGAAUACAAAGAAACACAGAAGAAGAUGAAAAAAUUGCAAAAUAAUUUUGAUUCGUUGGAAAACGAGAUCAAAAUCACCCAGAACAAAGAAGAAGAGCUGAACAGCAAACUCUCAAAACUUUUGUUAAAUGACAAACAAAUUAAUGAUGAAAUAACCACAAAAAAUAUGGAAAUUUCUUCAUUAAAAAGUGACAUUUUACAAAUUGAAUCGAGAAACUCUGUAAAAAAUGAAUACAAGAAGGAAAUGAUUGAGUUAAACAACAAGAUUAACUCAUCAAAUACAGUUGUUCAUGCAGAAUACCAAUCAAAACUUGACGAAAAACGAAUUUUGGAACAAAAUAUUCAAAAUUCAAAGUCAAAUUUACAAAACUUGAAAGAAGAGUAUGAAGAAAUGAUCUCCAAGAAGAUAGCUAACUUUGUUAUGCCUCAUGAACCUGAAUUGCAAAAUGAUUUUUCAAAUAUUAUUUUGCAAAAACAGAAAUUGUUGAAUGACGAGAGACAAAAGAUCAAUUCCGAUAAUCAGUGCAAGAACAGAUACAAUAUCCUCGAUAUCUUGCAAAAUCCAAGUAAUCAAAUCUCAGGAAUUCAUGGGUUUUUGAUCCAAUUUGUUUCAUCAAUCCGCCAGAAAUACGACAAAGCUGUUUCUGCUUUAUUGCCUUCUUUUUCUAAUUUGAUCGUUGUUGAUUCAAAAAGUGUCAUCAAACAAUGUAUCAAAACAUUGAAAACAUUCAAUCUUUCUGGUGUCACUUUUAUCUCACUUGAUGAAAUAGAAAAUUCCGAAAUUUUGACACAGAAUUCGAUGAUUAAUUUAUUGAGUUAUCCUAAAGAAUACAAACCUUUGUUACAGUUUUUGUUCAAAGAUUACGAAUUCUAUGAAGAUCAGACGAAGAUAUUUAAUUUAUUACGUGAUCCAAGUUACAACAAAACAAUUAUUGACAUUGAUGGUGUUGUUUCACAUGUAAAUGGAUUUGUUUCAUGUGGAAAAUACGCAAUCAUCGAAUCUAAUCCAAAAUUUGUCAAAGAAAUUGAAGAAGAAAUUGAAAAACUCCAAAAACAAAACGAAAUAAUUCUUAAAGAAAACAAAACAAAAAUUGAUGAUUUCGAAAAAUUGAUGGAAGAAUACAAGAAACAAAUUCAGAGAAAUGAUGAAAAUGAAGAGAAAAUUGAAGAAUUAAAAACAAAAAUUCAGGCAAAAGAAACAGAAAUUGAUCAGUUUGAAACAAAUAUUCUUCAAUUACAAAAAGAAAUCAAUGAAUUGAAAGAUAAAUUUGACAAUAUUGAGUUUACAACAGAUUUACAUGUCAAAAUUUUCGAAAUUCUUGGAUGUUCAAGUAUUGAAGAGUUUCAAACUAAAUACAACGAAUUCGUUGAUGAAGAAAACAAGAAGAAAGAGAAAGAAGCAAAAAUUGAGUAUUUCAAUGCAAAAAUUGACAUCCUCAAGAAAAAUGACAAUAAAAACCAAAUCAAAAAUGUCAAAAAAUCUCUGUCAGGUGUCAAAAGUGAACUGAAACAAUUAAACAAUUCAUUGUCAGAAAAAUCAGAAGAAUUGAAUGAAGUCAAAAGUGAAAUGACCACUAAAGAAUCUCUCUUCAACAAGUGCCAAAACCAGAAGAAAGAAAUGAUCAAGAAAGCACAAAAUGUAAACAAAAAAGUGACAGAAUUACAAACCAAAUCGAAUAGUUUACAAAAAAUCAUUGAAGAAACACGAGAUUUGAUCAAUGAAAAGAUUUUGUCAUCAGAUUUCUCAAGUUUAGAAGAAGUUUUAUUACAUGACUUCUCAAAUGAACUGUCACGUUUUCUAUCAUCAAAACUGACACCAUCACAACAAAAACAGACGAAAGAAAGAUUUGAGAAAGAAAUUUCACAAUUGAAAGAAGCACAAUCCAAAUUAAAACCUAAUUUCGGAUGCCAAAAUCAACUUAAUUCAUUGAAACUCCUUAAAAAUGAAUCAGAAAACAAAAUCAAAAAAUUGAGAGAUCUACAAAAAGUGACAAAAGAAAAAUUCAAUGAAAUCAAACGCAAGAGAUUAAGUUUGUUCAAAGAUAGUUUAGACAAGAUCCAGUACUCAUUGAACAUCUUCUAUCCUCGUUUGACAUCAUUGAAAUCGCAACCAUUGGGUGGAAACGCGUUUUUGACUCCAGAAAAUGUUUCUAUUCCAUUCAAUGGCGGAAUUUCAUAUUCCGUUAUUCCACCUCAUAAAAGGAACAGAAAUGUUUCUAACUUGAGUGGUGGUGAACAAACAUUGGCGGUCUUAGCACUGUCAUUCGCAUUGAGUACAGUUAAAACUGCACCUCUCUUCGUUCUUGACGAAAUUGACGCUGCACUUGAUUACAGAAAUGUCAAGAGUGUUAGUGACUUUUUGAUUGACAUGUCACACCAACACCAAGUCAUCAUUGUCAGCCACAAGAGUGGUGUUUUCCAGUUUGCAGACUCAUUGAUUGGUGUCACUCGAUAUGGAGGAAACUCUAGGACUUUCUUCUUGCAACUUAAGAAACCUAAUCAAUCCUCAUACAUUGAUGACGAACCAUCCGAAACAUUCGCAAUUUAA